AUGCGCACAAGCAUAACGACAACGAACAGCAGCUGUGCUCUAUUCAGCAUCAACAGCAUCCAAGGCGAAUGUCGCCUGUUGCCUGCCUUCUUCCCUGCUCCCAUCUUAAGUCCCUUCCUGGCGUCCGAUUCUUUUUACCGUGGUUCAGAGGAAUGUCCCUACUAUAAAGGCUACAUAGCAUUGGACAACCCGCCAGGAUGUUACAGCACACGCUGGGUGAAGAAGAACUGGACUGAUGCUAAGACUGACUGUGAAGGUGAUGGGGGUCAUCUGGUCGUCCUGGAAGACAUGGCCAUUCGAAUGCGCCUUCUGGACGCAUUGCAACACUUUGCAAAUGCCACUGAAGGUGUGUUUAUUGGCCUUGACGACAUUGCCGUUGAAGGGGAGUACGUGUGGGCAGACAGCAGGGUUCUUGUCAACUCCUUCUGGGCUCCAGAGCAACCCGCCAAUUCAACGGAUGAAAACUGCAUGACCGUAUUCACUGACGGUCUCCAUGACGAGCGGUGCGAGCUGGCGAUGUAUUACGUGUGUCAGAUUGACAUUUAAUGAUUGAUUUUCACUUUGCGUGAAGUAGCUUGCGUACACUCAUCGAACACUCAUACCUUCAAUCUAUGCAGGUUGUACAAAGCGAGUGUCAGAUCUAGACAGAAUAUUUUAUUUGUACGAAUGGCCAUGAGGCCAACAGUACAUCGACAAUCAUAAUACAGUGUAGUUUAGGGUCCUGAGUGCCCGGACAUUGAUUUAAACAUGGAUUGUAUAGGAAGGCAUUACUUUUGUAAAAUACACAGCUAAACGUAAUUAUAAAUUAGCUGAUUUUAAAUUUAAAAGAGUUAUAACCUUAUGAUGACUGGGCCUGGUGUAAUAAUAACACAGUAAAUAUUUGUUUCGUACAUCGUUAUACAAUAGGCAUUCUAGUAACGACAUGAUAUUCAUUUUCUAACGUAUUAAGACAAUAAGGGCGCAUGGCAAUUAUGAUAUCUGCAUUUUUCAAACGUCUGUAUAAUUGUAUGUUAAAACCAGAAUUACCACAUCGAAAUUUCGUCAGUGCUCUACGCAGAUGAACAGAAGGUAGCACUUGUAGGUACGUUUCCGGCAUUAUAUCAAGUUUAUAGGUUGAAUAUGUGUGCAAAUAUUUGGAAGUAGUCACAGUAGCUGACCACUCUCGAUAAUAAAUAUAUUUACAUCUUUGCUUUAAUAUACACAUGAACAAUUAUAUACUACCAACAUCUUGGUUUAACCAAGCAUAAGACAAACCAUACUGGAACAACAUACUGGAACUCUCGCACUGCCGAGGUCCAAUUAACAUCUCCAGAAUCAUCUUUAAACGUUUUAACAUAAGAUCGUUUCGAAUUACGAGAAUCGGGCUCUCUGAGCAACCGUAUCCAAUACGAUAUUACUCUGGCAAAAUAAUUUACAUGCAGUGGAUAUCGUCCACAUUCAGUUAGGAUAGCUUUUGUGGGUGACCGGUAACCAAUUCGUAAGACAAAUUUACAAAUAGUUGAAUGUACCAUUUCAAUGUUGUGUCGAAACACUGUCCCCCAGAUUUCUUGCCGUACAGUAGGAUACCUU